AUGUCAAUACGACUCAAUGGCGAGAUCUCUUCGCCUCCGGUAAAUACAGACAAGAUGAUCUCCACCAAGAAAAGAAAGCACGCUUCUGAGGACAAAGAAGCUUCGAAAAAGAAGAAGAAGAGAAAGACCGAAGAUGCGGAAGUGACGGCCACAACGGAAGAACAGCCUGUGACAGACGCAAAGAAGAAAAAGAAGAAGUCUAAAAGCAAAGACAAGGAAAAUUCAACAGCGCAAAUAGAUCAGGCAUCUAGUGAAGUGGAUGAUGUCGCAGUGCCUGACCCUGCGGAGGAGAAGGAAGAGUCCUCAACGCUGCCUGCGCUCAACGGAGCAGCAUCAAUACCCGAUGUUGAAGAACAAGCUGAGAUUGAGGCUGCGGAGUCUUUAAACCUCCUCGAGUCAGAAGACCCCUCGACAUUUUACUCUACGCGACUAUCUCUUUACCUCUCGAUACCUGCGGUCUCCCUAGAAACCGGCAGCUCUUCAGUCCUUGCGACUCAUCUGGCACCACUUCUCCUGACCUAUUUCCCACCUGCUCAAGGCAUCGUUCUGGGCUUCUCCGAUCCUGUGCUAUCUGCUAAGGCCGGCAGUGGCAAUAAUCUCCCUCUUGUAACUCCAAAAAAUGGUCAGCUGCAAUCCCAAGCUGAGGUAUUGUCCAAAACAUCCGAUGAGAAUGGUGUAUGUUGGGUUUGGCUCACUGCUACGUUUCUGGUGUUCCGACCAGAGCGUGGGGACGAACUGCAUGGCUGGACCAACGUAACCUCGGAAGGUUUCGUGGGACUAGUCAGCUACAAUUAUUUCCAGACAGCUGUUCACGAGAGUCGAAUACCCAAGAGUUGGAGAUGGAAUGGCCCAACGAAAGAACAAGCGGGGAAAACCAAGAAGAAGGCGAAGAAGGCCAGACUACGCGAUGCUGAGAACGAAGUCAGAGAAGAUGAAACAGUGGACGUUGAAGAAUCUUCCGCAGCACCGUAUCAGGACCGUUUACAAGAUGAUGGCGGCUUUUUCGCGGAUGCCAGUGGCUCGAAAAUUCCAGCGAUACUGAAAUACCGGGUGGUAGAUACUGAAGUGGUGCCUGCACACGACAGAUCCAAAUGGUCACUGCAAAUUGACGGAACUCUGCUUGACAAGAAAGCUGAGCAAGCCGCCCUAGAACAAGAGCGACGCGGUUUCGAGGCGACACAACAGCGCAGUCGGUCUCGUACACCUGGAGGAGACGUCGUUAUGACUGGAGCAUUAGGCUUGAGUCGUGAGGGCAGCGUUGCUUCGGCUGUGUCCGGGCAUGUUCCGGUUCGACAUAGGAGAGCAUAUUAA